UGCUGAGGCAUAAUUAAAGAACUAGUGGCCUUUACAAGUAAAUCAUUUCAUUGAGGGCUCGGGUUUUGCAAUAAGGGGCACACAUUGGACAAGUAUACACAAGUAUAGAACCUUCUAUUGAAAAGGCUAGGAUGAAUUCUUCAAAUGAUAUUGAAUACCCAAAGAAGAUAUUGGACUACAUGGAGGGCUUCUUGGUGUCCAAGACCUUGUUUGCAGCUUGUGAACUUGGUGUGUUUGACUUUUUGUUGGUGUCCGAGCAAUCUACGUCUUCAGCUGAUAUUGCAAAGGGCCUGAAGACGAGUGUUGAUGGCAUGGAGAGAUUGCUCAUGGCCUGUGUGGGGUUGCAGCUUCUACACGCAGACAUUCAGAAUGGAGAAGCACUGUACAGCAACACAGAGCUUUCCAGGAUAUAUCUGACCAGAACAAGCCCAAAGUCUUUAUUUCAUUCAAUACAGUACAACUCACAAACCAUCUACCUGUGCUGGCACUACCUGGCAGAUGCUGUGAGAGAAGGGAAGAACCAAUAUGAAAAAGCGUUUGGUGUCAGUUCAGGUGACCUAUUCGAAGCCUUGUACAGAUCAGAUGAAGAAAUGAUUACAUUCAUGAAGCUCAUGAAUUCGGUUUGGAAUAUAUGUGGAAAAGAUGUUGUCACAGCCUUUGACCUCUCACCUUUUCAAAGCAUAUACGAUCUUGGGGGUUGCAGUGGUGCUGUAGCCAAACAGUGUGUGUCUGCAUACCCAGAAUCCAUGGUGACAAUCUUCGAUCUCCCUAAGGUUGUACAAAUGGCAAAGGAGCACUUUGUGUCGUCGGAUGAGAGGAGAAUUUCAUUCCAUGAAGGAGACUUCUUUAGAGAUCCCAUUCCUGCCUCUGACCUCUAUAUCCUGGCUCGGAUUCUUCACGACUGGACAGACGAGAAAUGUCUGGAGCUGCUCAUCAAAGUGAACAAGGCCUGUAAACCAGGAGGUGGGUUGCUGCUGAUUGAAGCCUUAUUGAAUGAAGACAAGAGCGGUCCUCUAACAACCCAACUCUACUCACUUAAUAUGCUGGUGCAGACAGAGGGGCGAGAAAGGUCUCCCUCAGAGUACAUCCACCUCAUGGAAGCAGCAGGAUUUACAGACAUUCAGGUCAAGAGAACUGGAAAACUGUAUGAUGCUGUUUUGGGAAGAAAGUAAACAAGCCUUUUAAUUGCUUUUAGACUGCCAUGGUUCACUAAUUUACUCUCAGUUUAUGUGUUUCGGGCCUAAAUUAAAUGACUGUAUCUCCCAUUCUCAUCUGCUCACCAUUAGGAGUAGUUUUUGACACUGAAAAUCUCUCCUUUUUAUGGACAGCCAUAUUUCAAGACCAUUUUUAAUUUACUUUGAAGAAAGGGCUUUCACUUUUGUUUUAGGAUUUAGAAGAUUAGGAAGGCUUUUUUUGGAGCAUACAGUAAACUCAUGAAAUGACCCGAGUGAAUGUGGGAUAAUAUGUAUUUGUGCUGACAACACAUAAUUGUCAGUAAUGACAUGGGGGAAAUAAAUAAAUAUUUUAUCGCAGGAUCUAGACAUUUCAAAUUGCUAUGUCGAUAUCACAUAGGGAAUGAUCUCAGAAUUUCAACAAUCAAAAUUGUUGUGCUGAGAUCACAAGACAAAAGAUCUCAGGAUUUCGACAUUUCAAUUGUUAUGUCAAGAUCGCAAGAUUAAUUACAUUAUAGGAGGAAAAAAUCACCCUCAUGAAUCUGUGAUAUUAACCUUAAUCGAAACAGAAAUACAGUAAAUGUUGCUACAUUUAGUCCAUGUAUUGCAUUAAUUUAUAUUUACCUCCAAACCCUGUUUCCACACUAAACAGUUUAAGGGGAUGCACAUAAUUAUAACACACAGGACCAGAUCAGCAGCUGCCUCAGUAUCAAGGACAGGCAUGUUAGAAGGCUGCUCCAAGACUUCAGUCAUCAGAUCAGCAAUAGCAAACUAACGGGACAGUAAUCACCAAGAGAGACAGCCGUGGCCACAAACAGAUGGCGAUGGACAGAUGGAAAAGAUGGUUAGAGAAGCUACUUGACAUGCCUGAAAUAUUAAUGAAUGAAUUAAAUACCAUCCUUUAAAACACCUUCCUUCUGGAGUUUAUGCCACGUCUUGUCAUGGCUGUGAUCAGGACAAACAGUGGCCCAUCCCAAUAUUGGUUGCAGGUCCUAACAAAGUGGCCAGGCAGUGGCUGAAAGUUCAACUUUAGGAAUUCUUUGCAACAAAUUAAAUACUACAUACCACUUCUGUGUAGCUCAUACAGGAAGACAAGUUUUUUUUUUAUUGCUGUUUGAAAUAACAGCGUUUCAGAGACACAUUUGUGGUUUCUGUUCAGUGGGAAGUUUCAUGCCUUUGUUACAUUCAUCAGACGGCAGUUAUGAUUAGAGUAACAGGCUACGAAUGACACACACCACUGCAAAUUAGAAACAGAAUGUUUGAGUUAUUACUCACAUAAACAAGGAUGACAUUCAUCAACGUUUCAGAGAUUAAACAAUUCUUGUUUGCCUCCAGUAUGCUUGAGCUUUUAAUCUCUUGUAGUUUGCUGUGAUGACUUUCAUUCAGUUUUUAUUCAUUCCAGCAGUGCUUUGAGUGGGCGGAGGCGGUCGCAAUAACUACAGAAAGAUGUUUUUGUUUUGUGAUCUUUGUUAAAAGAUUGGCAAUGAAGAGGCUUAUGUUUUCACCACUUUCUGGUUGAAAAGUGAGAAAGUGUCUUUUAAUGAUCUUAUUUUCCUGCGUCUAGUUGCUAUUUGGUUUGAUAGUCACUUGUGUUCUAAAGGUUUGUGACAGGGCAGAAACUCUGCCGGUGUAAAUAGUGAGUAUUGUGUUUUAUUUAAGUUAAAUUGUGUUUUGUUAUUGUUUAAUAAAAGUGCUCGACCAGCACUUUAAAAGUGCAGCUUCUGACUCUGAUUUGC